CUACUGUGGAAGUGAACACCACAUUAAUUCUACUUAAUUUAUAAUGGUCUAUAUCAUAUUUUGACAUUGUUUAUUUAAGAUCUGCACAGUACCUUGCAACGUCUUGUGAGUGGUUAGAUGCUUAGUGUUAUUUGAAUGUUUUCUGUGUGGCUAAUGUGGGCUAGCUAAUACCUUUAACUGAACAAUGAUAUGUAGUUGCAGAGUUACUUCAACAGCUGUCGAAAGGGUACCAUCAAAAUGAUAACAUUAAAAAAUGUUCAGUGCAAAUGGGUCAUACUACACAUUGAUCUGAUAUCUGAUCUUAUAGCUGUCUAAGGUACAAAAUAUUGUAAUAUUGUUGUUACUACUUGAGGGUGAGUAAACAAUGGCAGAAUUUUCUUUUUUGGAAAACUAUUCCUUAAAGAAAAGACACUUUUGCUACACCACAGCCAGGAUAAGGCACAAAGUUUUGACAUUUCUUAUAAAAGGUAAGGUUCACUCAAAACUACUAAAGUGAGAGAAAUUUGUUGGCAGUAUGGUAUUUUUACGUGCUGAAUAGACCAACAGGAAAUGUGUGUGAGUGAGAAAAGAAGUGUUGGAGCUCCUACAUAUUCUUCAUGAAAAGUUUAAUACUUAAACAUACAUCCAGGGGACAUGGGUAGAUAGACUGAAGUGUUAUAAUUGGAUGAUAUAGUAUGUAGAUUUGAUUAGAAUAUAAAUGCAGAGUCAACAUAUUUCUCUUGGCCACUCUCUGCAUUUGUAAGAAUGUUGAUAAUUUUCUUGCAAUAAAAAACCUUUAAAACUAUAUUAAAACAGACAAUUGCCAUGAUAAUUAACUUCUGAUCUUUUAUCAUGUAAUGAUAUAUUGUGUCAUGUUGCUAAUUAAUUAUAAAUUAAAGUGUUGCUAAAACCUGGCAAUGUGGUUUUGUUUUGUGUUUCCUGCUAUAGGUAAUCAUUUAGCACAUGUCAUUUUGUAGGAGGGGUUAUUUCAGGAACUCAUGUUUUGUUUUUUGAAUAUUAGAGAAGAAAAAUAUAUUUGAUCAUGAUGGAGAACAAGGUAGGCUUCAAUUCAACAUCUAACAGCACUGCUGUGGGUUCAGAGAAGAUCGCUCCUGCUGUAGUUCUGGGUUUGUGUUGUUUGGUUGGUUUGCCAAGCAACAUUGUAGUAAUCAUCAGCAUUGCUCGUGAGUGGAACAGCAGUCUGAGCUUUACCUUGAAAUUAAUGCUAAACCUUGCAGUCUCUGAUACUUUGACACUUUGCCUUCCUCCUUUUGUGCUGUAUGGAAUACUGUUUGGAUGGAAAUUUGGCCUUUGGUUUUGUAAGUUCCUGUUUUUUGUGGGUCACUGGAGUCUGUAUGUUGCUGUUCUGACGGUCACCUCCAUGAGCGUGCACCGAUAUCACAAUGUCAUCAAGUCAAGAAUCACUAACAGGAUGAUACUGCAGAGACUGGAAAGACGGCACAGGAACCUUCAGCUGCUUGGCAUCUGGAUUCUAGCCUUUGUUUUUGCCCUGCCAGUAUUUUUUACUCAAGGAGUCAAAGACAGUGAUGGAUUGCUAAGAUGUCAGAGAGCAGUGAAGUCACAGUCAGUAGAAGUGACUGUUUUGCUUUUCGAGAUCCUGUUGGGGUUCGUCAUCCCAUUUUGUAUAAUGUUGACAUGUUAUCUAUGGUUGGACAAAGGGUUGAAACGAAAACCCAAGAGCUCCAGUCUAACUACAGCUCCACAGGACCAGGAACCCAGAAACCAGGGGAAACACAUAAGGACUUAUAAGAAGAAGCUUGUGAUCAGCAUCAUUGUGGCUUUCUUUCUGUUUUGGACUCCUGUGCACAUUAUCAAUGUGAUUGAUAUAAUCACUACUCUGACUAAAACAUCUCAUCCAGAUGUUCAUAAUCAACUGAAGUCCUUCCGAGGAGUAUGUGGUGAUACAAGCAAGUCUCUGGCUUUGCUAAACUGUUGUUUGAAUCCUUUUCUGUAUGCCAUCUCUUCAUGGAAACUCAUGAAAUGUUUUGAAACGAGCUAAUUUAAAAAUUUAGAAUUAUUUGCAGUCAAAUAUGCUUUAAAGACUUAAUAAGAAAUAGUGCUUAGAGAUAUUUGGUUUGUAAUAAUAGCAGAACUUUAUAAUGUUCCAUAAGUAACCAUGCUUUGAAAGUGCUAUACUGUAUACUGCAGGACAUGCAUAGUUUUCUAUUACUACUUGUUCAACCUCCACGUCAUAAUCACAAUAUAUUUAUAAUCAUAAUGUGUUACUCAUUUUUGUGAACAAGUUGCGAUUGCUUUAGUACAUUUGUGAAAUGAUUAUGUAUAUCUGCAGUUUCCUACAUUAUCAGAUGUUAAUAUCAUUUAUCAAUAUAAAUGUAUUAUAUAGUUCUCUGUGCUAUUGUCUUACCCCUCAGAAAGUAGUCAUUAUUUCAUCAUAUGUCAUUAAAUGCAAA